CACUAGAGGGCAGUAAGAUAUUGGUGAUGGGUUACAUCACCUACAAUCAGGUAACAAAUAGGCACAGGUGUGUAGGCUCAGUGCGUUUGGAAGGCAGAGAUGAAAUGGUUCUUACCGCAAUCACUGGGUGAUAGAACAGAAUUAACCGAAUUAAAUGGCACAAAAAAUAUAGAAUUAACAAUGCACAAAUACUAACACUUCAAGAAACUACAUUCGGCGACAGCAAGACGGAGGAAGCAAGUGACAACAAUAACUAAAGGUAUGCGCGUCAAGGACACAUUUUAGCGUUUCAUUCACCACCGUGGCUUUUUGGCAAAGGGCUAAUUAGUCACUACAAUAGUUUUACGUUUUUCGAUAGUCGCUCUACAACAUGAUUCUUAGGCUAUUCUGUUGGCUAUUUAUUUGUUUCACACUCUCUGUAUCUAUUUCAUCUAUCUAUUAAUCCACUGCUGUCUAUCGAUCGAUCUGGUGUAUUGAAGCGAUUUAAGGUAACGCCAGAAUUGAUGCAAGUGCAGAUGGAAACUGCCGCAGGUGUCAAAACAAAGCUCCCGUUCUCAAAAACUACUCAUAAAAAUGUCAACUUGGUAUGGAAAUGCUCAAAAUACUUUCAGGUUGUCGAACAUGUGAUGAAAAAUAUAUCGGAUAUUGUUGUCAAAAGAUAGGUAAAAUAUCCUGUUCCCGCGAUGUUAUUCUUACCCCCGGUGGCGUGGCUAUGCCUUUCAGAGCUACUUCCUCUGCUUUCAGCUCAAAAGUUACUGCUGUUCGGAGCGCCAGAAAUGCAGUAAUGCUGCAGUAAUAAGUGGUGGCUGCCAGGUGCGUUUGGGAGAAUAUGAUGCGUAUAAUGAGAAGUCUUAUAUUUGCCCUGCACCUGUUAAUUCCUAUUCCUGCUGCUGAGAUCUCCAUGCCAAUGGUGGCAGCCCCAGGAAGUGACAUCACCCUCAGCUGUUCUUUUCCACGCAGUGAAACUGACCUACUCUUCAAUCUAAUAGUGGUCUGGGAGCAUGGUGAUGAGGUGGUGCACAGUUACUACAAAGCACCAGGCCAUCUGGAGGAGCAGAGUCCAGCAUACAGGGGGCGCACUCCGCUGUCCCCAGACCAGCUGGCUGUGGGCGAUGCCUCACUCAGGCUAACGGGGGUGCGAGCGAGUGACCAUGGCAAGUACACGUGCGAUGUGGGGAAUGAGCAGGGCUGGAAGAGCAAGAAGCAGAUUUUUCUAACAGUAGCAGCUGCAUAUGAGGAACCUGAGCUUGCCAUCCAGACCACCUGCGACAGCGUCAUCCUCACCUUCCUCUCCACCCUGGGCUUCCCUGAGCCCACUGUGCUUUGGCGAACCGAGACAGGAAGUCACCAACCGGAGCAACACCACUAUGGUCCUGAAAGGAGGGGGAGAACAUUAUGAGGUGGUGAGCGAGAUGGUGCUGAAGCAGAGUGACCCACUCAAUUGGACUGUCACAUUUGAGAUGAGGCUGGAGCUCCUCAACCAGAGCUUCUCCCGCUCCGUCAGCCUCCGCCCACUCCCAGAUUGCUGUGGAACGCCAGUGGAACAAAGGGACAGACUGUUUCUGCUUGUACCGCUAUUAGUGGUACUGGCUUGCUUAGUCAUUGCUGUCUUCUGGUGCAAAAGCAGCCUGCUGCAUGGACCUGGGAAAGUUGACAUUCCCGUUGGAGCAGAACUGGUUGCAGAGGAAGAAGAGGAAGAAAGCAGGCGAAAGUGCAUUCUUAUUCCUGCUGCUGAGAUCUCCGUGCCAGUGGUGGCAGCCCCGGGAAGUGACAUCAUCCUCAGCUGUUCUUUUCCACUCAGUGAAACUGACCUACUCUUCAAUCUAAUAGUGGUCUGGGAGCAUGGUGAUGAGGUGGUGCACAGUUACUACAAAGCACCAGGCCAUCUGGAGGAGCAGAGUCCAGCAUACAGGGGGCGCACUCAGCUGUCCCCAGACCAGCUGGCUGUGGGCGAUGCCUCACUCAGGCUAACGGGGGUGCGAGCGAGUGACCAUGGCAAGUACACGUGCGAUGUGACCAAUGAGCAGGGCAGGAAGAUUUGGAAGCAGAUUUUUCUAGUAGUAGCAGCUGCAUAUGAUGAACCUGAGCUUGCCAUCCAGACCACCUGCGACAGCGUCAUCCUCACCUUCCUCUCCACCCUGGGCUUCCCUGAGCCCACUGUGCUGUGGAGAACCGAGACAGGAAGUGACAUCACCAACCAGAGCAACACCUCUAUGGUCCUGAAAGGAGGGGGAGAACAUUAUGAGGUGGUGAGCGAGAUGGUGCUGAAGCAGAGUGACCCACUCAAUUGGACUGUCACAUUUGAGAUGAGGCUGGAGCUCCUCAACCAGAGCUUCUCCCGCUCCGUCAGCCUCCACCCCCUCCCAGAUUGCCAAGGAACGCCAGUGGGACCCUGGAACAGACUGUCUCUGCUUGUACCGCUAUUAGUGGUACUGGCUUGCUUAGUCAUUACUGUCUUCUGGUACAAAAAAUGCCUGUCGCAUGGACCUGGGAAAGUUGAUGUUCCCAUUGGAACAGAACCGGUUGCAGAGGAAGAAGAGGAAGAAGGCCCAGGCCCAGUCUCAGGCCCAGUCUCAGGCCCAGUCUCAGGCCCAGUCUCAGGCCCAGUCUCAGGCCCAGUCUCAGGCCCAGUCUCAGGCCCAGUCUCAGGCCCAGUCUCAGGCCCAGUCUCAGGCCCAGUCUCAGGAUCCCUCCAGGUUCAGAUCGAAGGACCUCCAUGUUCACCUGAAGUCUCACGGUCACCUGAGACCCUGUACUCGUGAAGCCCAUCUGCUCAUUAUCUGAGGCCUCUCGGUCGCUUGAAGGCCUGUUCCCCCCGAAAGGCCCUGCGGUCACCUGAGGCCCCUGAAGCCCUGUGCUCUCCUGAAGCCCCGUGUCCAUCUGAAGCCCUGCGCUCUCCUGAAGCCCCGUGUCCAUCUGAAGCCCUGCGCUCUCCUGAAGCCCCGUGUCCAUCUGAAGCCCUGCGCUCUCCUGAAGCCCCGCGUCCGUCUGAAGCCCCGUGUCCGUCUGAAGUCAUACUUACCAGUAUGUUGAGAUGUAGCCCCCUGAACUAAGCCAUUCCGCCAAAGAUUAUUGUUGAUUAAUCCUUCAUGUUCUUUUGACCUUCUGAAGCUCUUUUAUGCUUAAAUUAUAUUAUUCUUCUUUGUUAAGCAAUUAUUUUAUGUUCACACUCAUUGUAUGCCCGUAGUCAUACUUAACAACAAGCACAACUUGCACUGAGUGAAUCCCUGCACUGUGUACUGUGUACUGUGUACUGUGUACUGUGUACU